GUCAGCUUUGUAUUAAACACCCAAGGACACCCAAGCAAACUAAGGAGAACAGAUUUAUAGACGACUUUGCUCUGACAGCAGGAACUAUAACAUGUGGAGUGAAUAAUUCGCCUUCAUUAGUAAUGAAGGGAACUUUGGACAACCAUCUCUACUGACACCAGAGGACAAAGCAUCUAUCAGACAUUUUAACAUAAGUUCUAAAUUCACACAAGUCCAUGUUAGUCACUUUAUGUGUCCUAUUAUUCUAUUUAUGUAUUUAAUCAUUUUAGACACAUUUUUUUAUAGAAUGUGUCUGAAAAAUUAAAUAUAAAGGCUUAAACUAUUUGCAACUGGACUACAUGCAGAAGUCACACAUUUAAAAACAUGCAGUUUCUGAGACGAGGUUGGCAGGUCCUGCUACUGAGGAUCACUGUUGUGGUGGGAUCACUGUGGAUGAUAUUUCUUGUCAGUCAGCUGGAUAAUGGUUGGACAUCUGCCCGCUUCCUUGAGUACAGCUGGUUAGAAUAUGCAGAUGAUGAUGGUAGCCCAGAAAAAGAGUACAACUGUCCAGCUAUCCUGCUGGGAGAGCGGGAGGCGGUAGAGCAGGCCAAAAUACUGACUAUCACUAAACAUUUCCGCAAGAGUAUUCAGAUCCCUGAUGACUAUUAUAUUAAUGCAACGCAAGAUUGCAGGGCUUUCAAGUUAAGUAGGAAAUAUGUAACAUUCCCAUUAAGCAAGGAAGAGGAGGACUUUCCUCUGGCUUACUCUAUGGUUGUGCAUCACAAGGUGCAGAACUUUGAACGACUACUGCGGGCGAUUUAUGCACCUCAAAAUAUUUAUUGUGUUCAUGUGGACAAAAAAUCAGAAGCUUCUGUCUCCUCUGCCAUCAGUGCUAUUGCCUCCUGUUUCCCCAAUGUCUUCCUGGUCAGCCAGGCUGAGAAUGUGGUCUAUGCUGGCUGGCCACGUGUCCAAGCUGACCUUAAUUGCAUGGCUGAUCUCUAUAAUGCCAGCACAAAGUGGAAAUACUUUAUCAACCUUUGUGGUCAGGACUUCCCUCUGAAAACCAACUUGGAGAUGGUAAGAAUGCUGCGCACCCUGAGGGGCGGGAACAGCUUGGAGUCUGAAAGCAUGCCUCCAGAAAAGAAGUGGAGAGUGUCAUAUGUUCAUCAGAUCGUUAAUGGAGGAAUCCAGACGACAAAAGAAACAAAGGAUCCACCUCCUUUCAAUCUGCCCAUCAUGUCAGGAAAUGCCUACAUUGUGGUUAGCCGAGGAUAUGUCCACAGUGUGUUGAAAGACCAUCGAAUACGUGCACUGAUAGAGUGGUCCAAAGACACUUACAGUCCUGAUGAGCAUCUCUGGGCAACCAUUCAACGAGUCCCUGGUGUUCCUGGCUCUAAGUGGCCCCACCGUAAAUAUGACAUGUCGGAUGUAAAUGCAAUUGCUCGGCUGGUAAAGUGGCAGUGGCAUGAGGGGUCAGAGGAUUCAGUGGGGGCUGUGUACCCAGAGUGUAAAGGCAACCAUGUCAGGUCAGUAUGUGUAUAUGGCGCUGGAGACCUGCAGUGGCUGCUUGAACAGGACCACCUUUUUGCCAAUAAGUUUGAUGUGGAUACUGACCCCAUUGCCAUCUUUUGCUUGGAGAAAUAUCUCAGACAAAAAGCUUUGGCCGAUUUGGAGUGGUUGGAGAUUGUUCCUGGCCUAAAUAAGUUAUUUUAAUUUGUUCCAUUAGCUGUUAUAUAUAGUUUAAAGAAAAUGCCAUGUCUUAAAUUAUUUACAACUGAAGAUCCAUUGAUUAUGAAGAUGAAGAUAAAGAAACACUUCAAAUUUUAUCAUUCACACUUCAAAGAGUCUCUUAGA